AUGAGUACAGACGGGACCGUCAGUCCUAAUGCGCCUCCAGAGGUUAAGCAUCAGGCGGAAUUGAAGCCUUCGCAUGCUUUCUUGUUUCCAUUGGGUUAUAAAGAUGCCGCGUACCAAUGGUGGGCGAGUCUUGCCCCUCAAGCCGUUGAGCGCAAUCUUCUCAGUCUCAUGCCUCAUAUUCGAGAAGCGAACGACAGCAUUUCAAACAUCGAUACGCCCGAACGUCCAGACCCAUUCGGUACGAGAGUGUGGCGACGAACAAUGGUUCAGCUCUCUGGCAAAAACCGCGCUUUGAACGAAGUUACCGUCGAACGAGUUGGCGAAAAGACUGAGGAUGCUUUGGUUAUGAUUCAUGGAUAUGGAGCUGGUCUUGGUUUCUUCUACAAGAACUUUGAGCCUAUUUCUCGCAUGCGAGGACUUAAGCUCUAUGCGCUGGAUAUGCUAGGCUGUGGAAAUUCUUCACGCCCUGCUUUCAAGAUCCAUGCGAAGAAGAAGGAGGAUCAAGUUCUUGAGGCGGAGAGUUGGUUCGUCGAUGCGCUGGAAGAGUGGCGAAAGGAGAGAAAGCUGGAUCAGUUUACUCUUCUUGGCCACUCCCUUGGUGGUUAUCUCGCAGUGUCAUACGCCAUCAAGUAUCCAGGCCGUCUCAAGAAGCUCAUUCUUGCUUCACCAGUCGGUAUUCCCGCUGAUCCCUACGCCGUCAACGCCGACAUGCCCGAACCAAACACAUCCACGAUCCAAGCCGAGAUGAUGCAAGACCAACAAAGCACAACCGACAAAACCGGAACUCUAUCCAAACACAAACCCGCUUCCAACGUCCUCCGAAGACCUCUGCCGGGCUGGUUCGUCUGGCUGUGGGAUCAAAACAUCUCCCCCUUCAGCAUCGUCCGAAUGAGCGGACCCCUCGGUCCACGAUUCGUUUCAGGCUGGAGUUUCCGCCGUUUCAACCAUCUCCCACCCGCCGAAUCGCAAGCUUUACACGACUACUCCUUCUCCAUCUUUAAGCAAAAAGGCAGUGGCGAGUAUGCUCUAGCCUAUAUCCUGGCCCCUGGAGCCUACGCCCGACGCCCCGUGAUCAACCGUAUCCAAGAAGUCGGUCGUCAAACAAUCACCCAAGAAGACGGCACGAAACUGAAAGAGAUGGGUAUUCCCGUAGUCUUCAUGUACGGAGAAAACGACUGGAUGGACGUAGCUGGCGGUAUCUCUUCCGAGGAGAAACUCAACGCCGCCAAGCAAAAAGCUCUCGAGAACGCAACAGAGGAAGAAAGAAAGCGAGAAAACGGUAGCGCAAAGGUACUUCUGGUUCCCAAGGCCGGCCACCAUCUCUACCUCGACAACCCAGAAGUGUUCAACGACAUGAUCACCAAAGAGCUUGAAGAGACGAGAAGAUCUGAGAAGAGAUUAAAAUAG